GUGUUUGUGUUGCAUAUUUUAGGAUUAGAUAGAAUUUUUCUGGUGUCUAGGCUCGUAUCUUUCUUUUCUACUGUUUUCAUCAAAUCGAACCGAUAGAAUUCAAUAAAUAUUUGACAGAGACUGUUAACUUUUGAGAAACUCAAAGGACCAAAGUUGUUCAGCCCAUACUUAAAAGAGCCUACUCUCAAACAUAAGAGACCAUAUUUGUCAUUUUCUCCUCUCUUUUUUAAUCUCAUUAAAGCCCCUCAAAACUACUCAAAAACAGCUAAAGAAGCCAUUCUUCAUUUCUCAUUCUUCUAUUCCAUUGAAUCCCAAGAAGAAGAAGAAAAAUGUUGACAAUAAGCAUUCUUUUCUUAGCACUUCUCUUCAUUCUUGGUUUAAUCACAACCCUUUUCAAAUUUCCCACAAAAAAAAUCCAAUCUUGGAUCUAUUCCCUCUCUAUCAAGAACUCAAAUUUUUCCAACAAAAAAGAUUCAAUCUUGGUUGAACAAAAGAGCAUGACAAGGAGUAGUAGUUGCUCAAAUAGCCACAGCAAGAUUGAGCUAAAGGGUAUUUUUGCAACAUUUGACAAGAACAGUGAUGGUUACAUAACAAAGCAAGAGUUAAAACAAUCACUCAAGAAUAUUGGGAUAUACAUGGAGGAUCAAGAUAUAGUUGAAAUGGUUGAUAAAGUUGAUUCAAACAAAGAUGGUUUGAUUGAUCUUGAUGAGUUUUAUGAACUUUGUCAUACUUUCUUAGGCAUAGAAGAAGUUGUAAGUGAAGGAGUGAAUCAAGAAGAAGAAGAGAAUAGAGAGAGGGAUUUGAAAGAUGCAUUUGAUGUGUUUGAUUAUGAUAAAGAUGGAUUAAUAUCAGAGGAAGAAUUGAGUAAAGUACUUUCAUCUUUGGGAUUAAAUCAAGGCAGGAAAUUGGAUGAAUGUAAAGAAAUGAUAAGGAAAGUUGAUGUAGAUGGUGAUGGAAUGGUAAAUUUUGAUGAAUUCAAGAAAAUGAUGAGAGCUAAUGGAAGGCUUAUUCCAAUUUCUUGAAAAGCCAUGCAAAGUUGUUAGUACCAAUUUUUAUUUUCUUUUUCAAUUUUUAUUGGUGCUACUAUCAAAGUAUAUUUAAGAAAACCAAUUGAUGAAUCUCUACUAUUACUACUACUACUAAUCUUCAUAAAUCAAGAUUUGUACAGAUAGGAACAAGUUGUCUCCGCUAUGAAAUUAGCUACUGAUACUUGCAUUAAGAUUGGCCGCUUACAUCACACCCCUGAGGAGUAUGGCCCUUUAUCGGAUCCUGUCGGGAUGCUUCGUGCAGCAGACUGUUUUUAUUUUUUAUUUUUAUUAGGACCAAGAGUUUGCAUUGAGUGAUUUGUAUAGUUAGUUACUUUUCUUAGUUUCUCUUAGAAUUUGAUGAAGUUAAAGAUUGGAUCUGAGGUCUAAUUAAGUCAACUAAUACCUUUGUUUUCCUUUUUUUUUUUUUUCUUAACUACUUGGAUUAGAGAAAAUUAAAGCACAUGAAGAAGUAAGGAGGGAACAAGCAUCACACUUGUGGCUUUGUAUUUGAUCUGAUGUGUUGUUUCAGAGCGACAAGUUCAUGGUUGUACUGACAUUAUAUGUUUGUUUAUUAAUGGACUUAUUUCCUUA